AUCUCUUCCGGUUUGGACGCUUGCGUGGCCCUCCUGCAUCCGGUCGCCGCUUGAUCUGCGUGCCUGGCGAUCCACAGGGCGGCCGCCAGCCACUGCAGAAGUCAGGAGAGAAUGGUUGCAUGGGCUUGUGCAUGCUGUCACUAUUGCUGUGAGUUCAUGGAGUAGCUGACCAACUGUUUGAAAAACCGUUUCCAUGUGAUCAUCCACUAUGUCUGGCUCUUAACAGUCUUUAUGCGCCCACUUCUACAAUGAUUCCUGAGCCUUGGGAGGCAGAAGUGGGAUGAACCAUUGACCUUCAAGGAUGUGGCCAUUGAUUUCUCUGGAGAAGAGUGGGACUGUCUGAACCCUGAACAGCAGAAUUUGUACAAGGAUGUGAUGCUAGAAAACUAUAGAAACCUGGUCUUUCUGGAUCUUGCUGUCUCUAAGCCAUACCUGGUUACCUGUCUGGAACAAGGGAAAGAGCCCUGGAAUGUGAAGAGGCAAAAGACAAUGUUCUUGUUCCCAGCUAUGUUCCCUCAUUAUAACCAAAACUUUUCACCAGAGCAGAACAUAAAAGAUGCAUUUCAGGAUGUGAUGAAUGGAAAUCACGGAAAUUGUAGCCUUGACAGUUUAUACUUCAGAGAAGAACAGGAAAGUGUAGAUGAGAGUGAAGAUCAGAAAGCCUAUUAUAAUGCAGAUAACCAAUUUGUGACAAUUGAUAAUAACAAAAGCUUCAUUCCCAGCAGAGAUCAAGUGCAUAAAAUGUGUCAGAAAAACUUUCAAGUUGUGCCAUUUACUUUUGAAGAGCCAUGUGAUUCUGUUAGUAAACAUCAAAGUCAAUUUUUGAAACAUACCUUUUCUCUCAGAGGAAAUUUGGAAAAUAUAAAAAGGGACCUAGUCCAUUCUUCAGUUAAUAACUUCAACAGUUUGAAAUGUAGCUUUGGGCUAAGCUUUCAUUCAAACAUUGUUUUAGACAGAGAAUUUAAAAAUGAAGAACAGAAUUCUAAAUGUGAUUCAUUUGAGAACUCCCUUAUAAAAAGUUCAUUAUUCUGUAAUCAACAAAUAGAUCUUUCCUGUGCCAAAAUACACAAUUUCAAUAAAUAUGGGAAGUUCUUUACAUAUCCAGUAUCACUUAAUCAAAACUCAAAUACAGAUAUUUUGGAAAUCCAGUAUAUAUGUAAAGAAAAUAGAAAAGCCUUUAGUGGGGAAUCUACCCUAACUAAUUAUCAGGGCACUUAUAUUGGAGAGACAGCAUAUCAAUAUAAUGAAAAUAAUAGUGACUUUAACUAUGAGUCAAAUCCUGCUAAUCAUCAGAGUGCUCAUUUUCCAAAGAGUCUUCACAGAUGUUACAAAUGUGGGAAAGUCUUUCAUCAGUACUCAGAACUUAUUUUUCAUCAGUAUAUCCAUAUUCAGGAUCAAAUUUCCAAGAGUGUAGAUUGCAACACAACUUUUAAUCAAAGUUCAAAUCUUACUAAAUCUACAAGUCAUACUGGAGAGAAACCCUACAAAUGUAAAGAAUGUAGCAAAUCCUUUACCUAUUGCUCAAGCCUUAGACAACAUCAUAGAAUUCAUACUGGAGUCAAACACCACAAAUGUAAAGAAUGCGGCAAAGCCUUCUACCAUAAAUCACUCCUUACUCAACACCAGAGCAUUCAUGCUGGAAAGAAGCCCUACUGCUGUAAAUUUUGUGGUAAAGCUUUUAAUCAAAGAUCAACUGUUACUCAACACCAGCGAAUCCAUACUGGAGAGAGGCCCUACCAUUGUAAAGAUUGUGGCAAAGCUUUUCAUCAAAGGUCAAGUCUUAGCCUACACCAGAGAGUUCAUACUGGAGAAAAGCCCUACAAAUGCAAAGAAUGUGGCAAAGCCUUCAACCGUAAUUCACUCCUUACUCAACACCAGAGAAUUCAUACUGGAGAGAAACCCUACCAUUGUAAGGAUUGUAGCAAAGCUUUUAAUAAAAAAUCGAGCCUUACUCAACAUCAGAGAAUCCAUACUGGAGAGAAGCCCUACUGUUGUAAAGAUUGUGGCAAAGCUUUUAAUCAAAGAUCAAGCCUCAGCCUUCACCAGAAAAAUCAUACUGGAGAAAAAAACAACAAAUGUAAUGAAUGUGGCAAAGCCUUUAACCGUGUUUUUUUCCUUACUCAACACCAGAAAAUUCAUACUGGCGAGAAGGCUUACCAUUGUAAAGAUUGUGGCAAAGCUUUUAAGCAAAGAUCGAGCCUUACUCAACAUCAGAGAGUUCAUACUGGAGAUAAGCCCUACCAUUGUCAACACUGUGACAAGGCUUUUACUCAGAGAUCAAGUUUUACUCGACACCAGAGAAUUCAUACUGGAGAAAAGCCGUACAAAUGUGAAGAUUGUGGCAAAGCUUUCAGCCGUAAUUUACUCCUUAUUCAACACCAGAGAAUUCAUACUGGAGAGAAACCCUACCAUUGUCAAGAUUGUGGCAAAGCUUUUAAUCAAAGAUCAAGUCUUACUCAGCAUCAGAGAGUUCAUACUGGAGACAAACCCUUUUGUUGUAAAGAUUGUGGCAAAGCUUUUACUCAAAGAUCAAGCUUUAAUCGGCACCAGAGAAUUCAUACUGGAGAGAAGCCCUACAAAUGUAGAGAAUGUGACAGUACCUUUAAUUGCAGCUCACACCUUGCUGAACACCAGUGUACUUCAUUAGGCAGCUGCUUCCCUGACACAAAAUUUCUCCAAUAUAUGUGAGUUUACUGUUCUGUUAAAGCCAAUUAGCAAACACAGAUGGCCUUCUAGAUAUAUUUGGAAAACAUAUGUAGUGUGUUUUUUAUUAUAUGAAAGGCAUUUCCUUCUAUCUUUGAAGUACCAUACUGGAUCUCCAGUGAUUUCACAUUCUGGUUUAAUUGAGUAGUAUUUUUCUUUCUUGUCUAUUUUGUCAAUUGGUUUUCUGUGUUGAUAAUUGCAUUCUGAAAUUUAUUUCCCAAACAUUGUUCAGGAUGACCAGACUAAUGUAUAGAUAAAAGUACAUGCCAGGCUUCACCCUAGAAUAGUCUCUGGCAGGUACUUCCAGAUUCCCUGAAUGACUUCUGGUUCCUCCUUUCAAUUGUGUAGCAUAGAGCUUGGCUGUCCCCACAAUAAUGCAUGCUGGAAUGUGUCUGCUAUCUCUCUUACAUCACAAUUAGAUAAAAUUUCCCUGGAAGUACUUGUAGUAAACAGCUCUAAACCUGUAUUUCAUAUUUCAGUGUACAUUUUUGUCUUCAGACAUGAAACUGAGCUGCCAUGGAGUCCAGAUAGCAAAAAGAAAGGACAAAAGUUCAAGUGCAUAUUGAGUCAUUUUGAGGAUCUUGGCUUCUGACUCAACUACUGAAAAGUCUAAAUGUACAGCUGGUGCAUGCUGAAUCCACAGUUUUUUUAAUUUCUAAAAAUAUAUUUGGUGUGUACCCAUGUGAUGGCUCAUGGCACUGGUGGGCAGUGAAAGGAUCAUUUACAGCAAUCAGUUUUCUCCAUGAUGUGGUUUCUGAGUAACAAACUGAACUCAGAUUGUUGAGCUUGGCUAUAAGCACCUUUACUUACUGAACCAUCUUUUUGGUGAUCUGACUUUAGGGUCUGGAAUUUUUCUGGAUUGCUCACAACAACCUCUUUGAGGUAGAAGACUGCUGUUUUCCACUGUGUUGUAGCUAACAGCAGUGGAGAAUUAGACCACCUAGAAUGCCAGAACAGUGCCUAUCUCCCUGUGAUUUAAAGACGUGACCGUAUUUUAAAAUAAUGUACAGAAAACCCAGGGAAAUGUUUUCUGUAUCAUGAGAGCUCAAUAUUGUAAAGGUAAAGGCCAAAGGCCUUUUGGGGUGAAUCUUGGAGUUCUUCAGAUUGUGUCUAAGUGACUUGUUGAUAAGACUGUAUGACUGGCUUCUGAUGAUUCAGUCUAUCAAGCCAAACAAACAUUGACAUCGAGCUUGUACUUGAUUAUAUGAAAAGAGAGAAGAGCCUGAUUUAGCACUUGAUCCAAGCCUGUAACAUAAUUUCUAUUUGUCCAUGAAUGAUAUAUUGAAGUGUUAUGUUCUUCCUUAGCCGAUCAGGUAUGAACUCUUAUCACAUGUGGGUCUAGGUUGACUGAUGUAGCAGUGCUUUCCUUCUCUAUGCCAUCCUAAAGUCAACCUGAGCCUCUCCUUCUGGAUCUUUAUUUGGACAUUAAGUCCAGGAUUGUGAAAGGCUGUCUCACAACACCUAGGAGCUCGCUAAAUAUUUAGGGGUGGCCUUGAAGAUUUGGUUUAGGUUAACAGUAAUAUGCCAACCUUCACCUUAUAAGAAGAGGAACAAGUGAUUCAGAGUUCCUCCAUAGAAGGAAUAUUGGCUUAUCCAGGGGAAUUGUUCCAGUUCGUAAUAUUCAAAUAAGAAACCGUGUGACCAUCUAAAGAGAAGAAAUGAUAGAUAAAUUAAUUACUUCACUUAAUAUAGCUCUCUCCAAAAGCCAUGAAGCAGUCAUGGCUGGAAAUGUUUAGAAAUAUUUUUAUUUAUUUAUUUAUUUAUUUUGAGACCGUCUCUCUGUAGCCCUAGCUAGCCUGGAACUUAUUGUAUAAACCAGCCUUGCCUUGGCCUCACAGAGAUUCACCUGGUUCUACAUCCCAAGUGUUGUGAUUAAAGGUGUACACAAACAUACCUGCCUACAUUAAAUGGCAGUUUUGAAGCAAGUGGAUAAUAAUUGAACUUUCUCAUGCUAUAAUCAGUUCAAAAAAGGGAGUGACUUAAAUUUGCAUUCAUUUGAGAAUGCUUCCUUUAGUUACGUUUUUUUUUUUUUUUUUUUAAUUCGCUUUUUUUUUUUUGAGACAGAGUCUCAUUAAGCUGCCCAGGCUAUUCUGGAACUCACUGGCCUCAAACUCAAAGUGAUCCACCUGCCUCUCCCUCUACCUUCUGAGUGCUAGGAUUAAAGACAUGGACCACCUUGCCCCACAGCCUUGUGUUUUGAUGCCACUUCCAGGAGGGCAUUUCAUAGAAGAGUUAUUUCUAUUUAUGCUGCUUUUACCAUGUUAAAUUAUUUGGGUUCUAAUAAAAUUGUACCAGAAAAGUUUAAGGGUUUAGGUUAACUUGAUUGUUAUUUAUUAAAUGGGAAAGUAAUUGUUUGACUUUGCUUCCUGUUUCUGUGAUGAAACACCAUUUCCAAAAGCAACUUGGGGAGGAAAGGGUUUAUUUCAGCUUAUACUUCCAGCUAGCAGUAUAUGACUAAGGGAAGUUAGGGCAGGAACUCAAGGAGGGGCAGAGGCAGGAACUAUGGAGGAAAACUGCUUGCUGGCUUGGUCCCUAUCUCCUUGUGGCUCAUGCUCAAGCACCUUUUUUUUUCUUUCUUUCUUUUUUGGAGACAGGGUCUCCCUGUAGCCCCAGCUGGCCUAGAAUUCACUAUAUAGACCAGGGUGGCCUUGAUCUCAGAGAGAUCUGCCUGGCUGUCAAGUACUGUGAUGAAAGGCAUGUACUACUCUGCCUGGCUUACACAGCUUUCCCACCCAGAACUGUUGGUCCAUGAGUGGGCCAUGAGGGACAUCAAUCAACAAUACAGUUUCCCACAGACAUAGCCACAGGCCAGUCUGAUCUGGGUAAUCCCUGAAUUGAGACUCUCUCUUCCUAGGUAACUCUUCAUGUCAAGCUGACAAUAAACACUAACCAGGACAGUCAUUAAAUAGUAUCAUCUAUGCCCUAGAAGUAAAGUGUGAGGCAGGGUUAGGCAAGAGAGUAGUAAUUAGCAAUAUACUGGUCACAAGCUUACAUCCUACUUCUGACUGUCCCCAGAUGAGGUUCUGAGGCCUUGCUGAAAUACAGCACAACUAGCAGACUCCUCAACAACAGAAAUGAUAGGCUAGCGUGUUCAGAGGCUAUACCUGCCUCUAGAGCUAAUACUCAAAAAUUUUCCCAGGCUUUAAAAACAAUUAGUAAGAACCAAUGUCUUUAUAGGAUGGUGCCUUGAUUUCUGUCUAAAACCUAUGCAUCCAGAAAUAUUCUCUUAAGCACUCUGUUUUUGAUUCCUAUAGAUCUAAUAGCUGCUCCAAAUAUGAAACAGCAAAUACAAAAUAAAAUUUCCUCUGAA